GGGGUGUUCUUGGAGUAUCUUGUGACUGGGACCUGCUAGGGUCACUGGCAUUUUGCUUAGCUAUAAAUUAUAAACAGAUGGAACUUUACCACUCCUUGCCAUUUUUUUGCUUUUUACUUGGCAAGUGUUUUAAAAAAGGCCUCAAAGGAAAGGGGUUUGUGUUGUUAAUUAAGCUAUCCUGUACGGUUAUGGCUUCCUUCAUUCUGUGCUGGCUGCCAUUUUUUACAGAAAGGGAACAAACCUUGCAGGUUCUAAGAAGACUCUUCCCAGUUGAUCGUGGAUUAUUUGAGGAUAAAGUAGCCAAUAUUUGGUGCAGCUUCAGUGUCUUUCUGAAGAUUAAGGAUAUUUUGCCACAUCAUAUCCAGAUAAUAAUCAGCUUUUGUUUUACAUUUUUGAGCCUGCUUCCCGCAUGUAUAAAAUUAACAAUUCAGCCCUCUCCCAAAGGAUUCAAAUAUACUUUGGUAAGUUUCUCAUUAUCUUAGAUACCUAAUUUUUACUACAACUAAUCUAAUAAAAAUAUAGAUAAUUAUUUUCUUGCUCUGAA